AAUCACUCAGAAGACAACGCAUCCACAACACCUCUGGACAUCUACGCAUUAUAUUCCCUUUCUUAAAUUAGCCCCCAUCAGCUUCGCGAUACCGCCCCCAAUUUCAGUGUCGGUACGGAGCCGCCAGGCCGGGACAGAGACGGAGAGAGAGCCCUCGGCCAUGGAAGUGCUCGAACCCGACCCCCCUAUAGGCCCGCCGGCCCCCACCUCCCUCUUCCAGCCCCCGCGGAGGCCUGGCAUGGGCACCGUGGGGAAGCCCAUCCGCCUGCUGGCAAACCACUUCCAGGUGCAGAUUCCCAAGAUUGAUGUCUAUCAUUACGAUAUUGACAUCAAGCCUGAGAAACGGCCUCGGAGGGUCAACAGGGAGGUGGUGGACACCAUGGUUCGCCACUUCAAGAUGCAGAUCUUUGGUGAUCGACAACCGGGCUACGACGGGAAGAGGAACAUGUACACGGCCCAUCCACUACCAAUCGGGAGAGACAGGGUGGAUCUGGAGGUGACUCUACCGGGGGAGGGGAAGGACCAGACCUUCAAGGUGUCGCUGCAGUGGGUGUCGGUGGUGAGCCUGCAGAUGCUCCUGGAGGCCCUGUCAGGCCACAAUGAGGUCCCCGAGGACUCUGUUCAGGCCUUGGACGUCAUCACCCGCCACCUGCCUUCCAUGAGGUACACUCCAGUGGGGCGCUCCUUCUUCUCCCCUCCGGAGGGCUACUACCACCCCCUGGGCGGAGGGAGGGAGGUAUGGUUCGGCUUCCAUCAGUCGGUCCGUCCUGCUAUGUGGAACAUGAUGCUCAACAUCGAUGUCUCCGCCACCGCUUUCUACCGUGCCCAGCCCGUGAUCGAGUUCAUGUGCGAGGUGCUCGACAUUCAGAACAUCAACGAGCAGACCAAGCCACUCACCGACUCCCAACGCGUCAAGUUCACCAAGGAGAUCCGAGGUGGGUGGGGACCUGCAGGUCUGAAAGUCGAGGUCACUCACUGUGGUCAGAUGAAGAGGAAGUAUCGCGUGUGCAAUGUGACUCGCCGCCCCGCCAGCCACCAAACGUUCCCCCUACAGCUGGAGAAUGGCCAGGCCAUGGAGUGUACAGUGGCUCAGUACUUCAAGCAGAAGUACAGCCUACAGCUCAAAUACCCCCACCUACCCUGCCUACAAGUGGGGCAGGAACAGAAGCACACCUACCUACCCCUGGAGGUUUGUAACAUUGUGGCCGGGCAGCGUUGCAUCAAGAAGCUGACAGAUAACCAGACCUCCACCAUGAUCAAAGCUACAGCACGUUCUGCACCCGACAGGCAGGAAGAGAUCAGCCGACUGGUCAAAAGCAACAGCAUGGUGGGUGGUCCCGACCCAUACCUGAAGGAGUUUGGCAUUGUGGUGCACAACGACAUGACCGAGGUGACGGGCCGAGUCCUCCCAGCGCCCAUGCUGCAGUAUGGGGGCCGGGUGAGUACCGACACUGGGCGGGACUGUGGCAGGGGACUCUCUCCGCAGAAUAAGACUGUGGCCACGCCCAACCAGGGCGUGUGGGACAUGCGGGGGAAGCAGUUCUACGCCGGGAUAGAGAUCAAGGUGUGGGCUGUGGCCUGCUUCGCCCCACAGAAACAGUGCAGAGAGGACCUGCUCAAGAGCUUCACAGACCAGCUGAGGAAGAUCUCCAAGGACGCGGGGAUGCCCAUCCAGGGCCAGCCAUGUUUCUGUAAAUACGCCCAGGGAGCGGACAGCGUGGAGCCCAUGUUCAAACACCUCAAGAUGUCCUAUGUGGGACUGCAGCUCAUCGUGGUCAUCCUUCCCGGCAAAACCCCUGUCUACGCGGAGGUGAAGCGAGUAGGAGACACUCUCCUGGGCAUGGCCACUCAGUGUGUCCAGGUGAAGAAUGUGGUGAAGACGUCCCCCCAGACCCUCUCCAACCUCUGCCUCAAGAUCAACGCCAAACUGGGUGGCAUCAACAACGUCCUGGUGCCCCAUCAGAGACCCUCUGUGUUCCAGCAACCUGUUAUCUUCCUGGGGGCGGACGUCACUCACCCUCCAGCCGGAGACGGCAAGAAGCCCUCCAUCGCGGCGGUGGUGGGCAGCAUGGACGGCCACCCCAGCCGCUACUGUGCAACAGUGCGCGUGCAGACGUCGCGCCAGGACCUGUCCCAGGAGCAGCUGUACAGCCAGGAGGUCAUCCAGGACCUGACCAACAUGGUGCGCGAGCUGCUCAUCCAGUUCUACAAGUCCACGCGCUUCAAGCCCACACGCAUCAUCUACUACCGUGGCGGCGUGUCUGAGGGCCAAAUGAAACAGGUGGCGUGGCCGGAGCUGAUAGCCAUCAGGAAGGCCUGUAUCAGCCUGGAGGAGGACUACCGUCCGGGCAUCACUUACAUUGUGGUUCAGAAACGCCACCACACCCGCCUCUUCUGCUCUGACAAGGCCGAGAGGGUUGGAAAGAGUGGCAACGUCCCAGCCGGAACCACGGUGGACAGCACAAUCACCCACCCCUCCGAGUUUGACUUCUACCUGUGCAGCCAUGCUGGGAUCCAGGGCACCAGCCGGCCCUCUCAUUACCACGUCCUGUGGGACGACAACUGCUUCACGGCCGACGAGCUCCAGCUGCUCACCUACCAGCUGUGCCACACCUACGUCCGCUGCACCCGCUCAGUCUCCAUCCCUGCGCCAGCCUACUACGCCAGGCUAGUGGCCUUCCGCGCCCGCUACCACCUGGUGGACAAAGACCAUGACAGUGCGGAGGGCAGCCAUGUGUCGGGCCAGAGUAACGGUCGGGACCCCCUGGCCCUGGCCAAGGCAGUCCAGAUCCACUAUGAUACCCAGCACACCAUGUACUUUGCCUGAGCCACACCAGCAAUGGGCGCAAUUCUGUCUUUUCUCUCUCUCUCUCUCUUUUUGCCAGUCUCUAUCUUUCUCUCUCUUGCGUCUUGAUCUGCACCAAAGCGGUUCGAAGCCAGUGAAGUGUGCCAAUGGAGUAUUUUCCUUUUCGGAAAAACGACAUCCGGCAUUCCCGAUCGAGCCGCCCUCUACCAGCAAUCUGGCACUGAGAGACCGUUGGGGUUUCCGAUGUACAGAGAAAGCAAAAUACACGCAUACACAAGUUGAGCCAUUUUGGGGGGGGGGGGGGGGUUCGGUUUUGAAUGUGUUUUUUGUUGUUGUUUGUAACACUGAGCAACGGAGCGGACAGACGGCAAUCGUCAGUGGCAGCUCUUAGCUCUCUUAGCUAAGCAGGACUCUGUCUACUUUUUACCUCAAAGCCCCUUUGGGCGAAAAUCUGUCACAAGGUCUUGGGGUGGGGGGGUCAUGGGAAGUUUGCAUGGAAACAUGGGUGGGGUGGACCUUUUGAGAAUAUAUAUUUUUUUCCUUUUUAUGAUCAUGUUUUUCCUUUCUCCUUUUCUCCCGUCUUUUACAAGCGAGGUCACCUGGGUAUCCAUACCCAUGACUCUUUCUUCUCCCAGUUAGCGAAGAAUAAGUAUGUGUGUUUGUGUAUAUACAUGUGAGUGUGUGUUUUUGCGUGCGUGUGUUUUCAUGGCAGGCCACUGAAUUGUAAAGGGAAAAUCAAGACGAAUAACUGCUGUAAAUGCCUCAGAUUUGAUGUUUUUAUAUUCACACAUUACAUAUAUCUAAAUAUUUACAUCUAUAGAACAGAUUGAACUAUACAGGCUUCACAGAGGCUGGUGGGUAUAUGAGUAGCAGUAGCAACCGUGGUUUAGCCGGUGUGACUGACUGGGCAUUGGGACCUAUUGAAUGGUUGAGAGCUUCGUGAGGGGUUACGGCAUUGGGCUAAGCCGCCUUAGUUGGUGCCCCCUGUGAGGAAGGGGAUCCAUCCCUUAAACUUGUUUGUCUCAAUGGUUAUGACAUUGUUGGGGUGGAGCAUGUUUUCUAGCAAGGCGCUAGUCGUCUGAAUUUUUUGGAGCCGGAAAGCGCAUUCACUUAACUUUUGGGGUCUCCUUUUGCUACCGGCCAAUUCAUUGCACUGACCCGGGACGCUAGGCAAGCAACAGAGGGCACUCUCUCUUACUUUUAUGCAUUUAUACAUAAGAAUCAAAAAGCAGAAUUUGUAAGAGUUUAAUAUAAAACCGUUUUUUGUGGCUAAUCUUAACUAUUGUUCAGACAUAGUUGGUAUAUUUGAUGUUGUUCUUAUUGUUGUUGUUAAUGUUCUUAUCUACGAUUAUGAUAAUUAUCAGACCGGCAGCAACCAGAUGUGUAGUUAGGAGAUCAGUAGCUGGGUUUAGAGUUGGACACUUUGUAGCAUUCUGGCCUGCGGUGGAGGGAGGCCCAAGGUGUGGCCUGCGGUGGAGGGAGGCCCAAGGUGUGGCCUGCGGUGGAGGGAGGCCCAAGGUGUGGCCUGCGGUGGAGGGAGGCCCAAGGUGUGGCCUGCGGUGGAGGGAGGCCCAAGGUGUAGUUUAUGCACCCUUCUGCUCCUCAGUUAUGUAGUAGUUUAUGGUAGUAGGGAAGGGUUUGGCUGUGUUCUCCAGUAGGGAAAAUUCUGUGUUGAGCUAUCACCGUUACCCCUGACUGGUAAAACAGGAGGCUGCCGUCAGUGCUCAUCUGGUGAGUACUGUUGGCAGCAGGGGGUUUCGGUUCGAAUGGAUGAAAGGUGACAAUCAGAGCUGGCAUUAGGAAGAAACUGGGACAGAUGGAGUGGUAAAAAGAGGUAUGCAAUAGGCAAUGAGUUACAUCUUUAGAACUUCAUAGUGUUUCUAUUACGGUUUGUGUGUAUUUGAACAAGUAUAUCUAUCCAAGUCUAAACUUAUGGUGUUUUUUUAAUUUUAUUUGUAUUAAAUAAGGUUUUUAACACCAGAUAUUAAUUGACAUAAAGCAUAAGCACUGCCCUUGGAUCUAAUGACACCUGACCAGUCACGACCGUGGUUAAAGAUCCUAUUUAACCACAGUCGUGGUUAUGGUCGUGCAAGACCGCUCCCCCUCGCGGUGAGGAUGGGGCGGGGGGGUCGACGGCGGCGUGAAUGCCUCGUCGGGGGGUCGGCUCAGCGAAAAAACCCUUUUGUAAUAAACCAUCCGUAAAGCAGCAGGUUUGCUAUGAAUGAGUUUGAGCGCCUACCUGUUGAGGGUGUGGGCGCUGGCCUAUGGGAGAGGAGCAUGGUGGCGGUCCAGGCGUUGCAUGCAAUAAGUUUGAGGGGCGUGGCUAAGCUAUUGAGAAGACAUGCACUCGUUUUCCCACACGGCAAGGGUGCUGCGGUGAUUCAGCCUGGUGUUGUAGUCUGCAGUGUGUCCCUGUGGGUGUGACCAGACUGGAGGAGUGUCCAGGAUGUGGGUGUGGUCUCCUAGCAGGGAUCCAAAGGCGGUGAUGACUCCCCAGUUUUGAACAUAUUAUCAUUGCAAAGCAAUAUUAACCCUAAAUACAGUUUCGAAUGAGGAAAAAGCUAUAAUUCUUCUUGUCGACAUGGCUGUUGGUCUGCUCUCUAUCGCAGUUUGUGUUUCUGUAACUUGUUUUUAGCCUGUAUCAAUCAGUGGGAAUGUGCAUUCGGUGGACUAGCUCUUUAGGCUCUGAGAAUUUAAAAAAAAGGUAAAAACAUUUUAGACUUUGCUCGCCUGCAUGCCAGAGUAUUGUCCCUAAAAAAUCUCUAGAAUCAUAUUUAUUAAGAGACAGAAGGAGAAAAAAAUUAUGGUAAAUGUUUAUUAAUUUAGUGAGACUGUUAUAGGCUAGCAAUAUUGUCCAGUCUCCUCAAGACGUAUUUUAAAGAUUCCUACACAAAUGUGAGUACAAAAACGGAGGCACAGGCCGCUGGAGGCGGAGCGUUCGAGCCUUUGCGUCGUGGCCCGAAGACAAACGAGGUACUUUCUUCAAACGUGGGCCCGGUAAAGACUUGAACCCUCGCCCCCGCACAGGCCCCAGUGUAGCGUCCAUUUAGGCCUCCACUUCCUGGUUUGUGCCCCUGCCACGCCUCUUGGGGCUCUCCUGUCCCGUGGCGCCACCCUGCUGGCCACCCACACAAGCGCACUUCCUCUCUGUGGGGGGCCUCGGCCCAAGGCGUCCACGGCCACAGGAAUACCUCUUUUUAACCUUUUUAACGAUCCAUACUUUUUGUGCCCCGUUUGAAAGAGAGCAUGAUUUAUUUUUUAAUUCCUCUUUGAUAUAAUGACUACAGGUUUGUUAUUUGACAUUGUGUAAGUGUAAUUUAAUUUUGUUCUUUAUUCUGGUGUGUAGCUCUGCUGUUUUCUCUGCUGGUGGUCUGAGCUGUGUGACUGUCCAAUAGCAAUAGAAAGGUACCCUGUCUGACCUGCUGGGGAGGGGGUGGGGCUUCCUCAGGCCCCUCCCACAAGGGUGCCUAAUCACUCGCUGUAUUGCUAUGUGACAUGUUUAAAAAACAUUUUUUUUUUGCCUGCAGGGAAUAUUUGUGUUAUUGUGCAAAGUAAUAAAUUGGUAUUUUAUGCCUAUAUCAUA